CGCGCGCGCGCUCGCUGACCCCGGAAGGAGACGCUUCUUCCUUCCUUUCCCUCCCGGCGUCGGUGCGUUGGCGCCGGUGUGGUCGUUGUCCCCUCCUCUCCGAGGCGUUCCGUCCCACGGCCGUGGCUGAUCGGACGGAUUGCUGGUGGAGAUGACUCGGUCAAAGAGGAUUGGCAAUCAUAACAGCGACAAAAAGAAAAAUGUGUCAAAGCUGUGGAAGACGAAAAGGCGAACAAAAGAUUUAGAUCAGAUCCAUGAUGAUAUGAAACCUGAAAAUGCCAGCAAGUUACUGCACCAGGAAGUAGAUUGUGACGUUACUGGAAAUGCACAGUUUUAUUGCUUGCAUUGCGCGCGAUACUUUAUUGACCAGAGGACUCUGAAAGAACAUUUUAAAACAAAAGUUCACAAACGAAGGCUAAAGCAAUUGAGUGAAGAGCCAUAUACCCAGGAUGAAGCAGAACGAGCAGCAGGAAUGGGCUCCUACAUACCAGCAAAGAAAAUCAAAGUCGAGACACAGGCUGUGGAGGAGGAUAUGAACAUAUAAUAAUUCACUGAUUUAACCUUUCAAUAAGAUAUGUUUUGAACUACU